ACUCACCUGUUUGACGUGGAGGUCUAUAUAUAAACAAGCCACGUGGAGGUUUUUAAUCUCAGGUGAUCAACGUCAUCAACGCAUAGAAUAUAAGAAGAUGAUAACAUUAUUCAGAGUUAGUCUGUUAAAUAUUUCUAACUGUGAAGUCGAAAAACCUCUCGAAGUCGAAGAUGAUCGAUGUAAACAAUCCUCUGAAAGUUGAAUAUUCGCAUUCACCUUCAAGUCAAAACCAUAUUCGUCUUGAUCAUUCCAGUUGUAACAACGAAAACGUUCUUGACGAUGAAAUCGUGAAUGUGUUAAACUCGGUCACCGAGUUGAUGAAGAGAUACAGGAUGUAUAGUAAAGCAUCAGAAUCAAAAGUCUGUUCAGGAGGACUUCAACAAUAUUUGAUAAGAAAGUUGAAGAAGCGAGAUUCAGAUGACAUCGACAGAAGUAAACUUCAAGCUCUUUACACUAAGGACUCGUGCACUGUCAGUGUUAAUCUAUCUCAGAGUUCCGACUCCACUGAAACUUUCAAUGAAAGUAAAUUGGAAUUUUCUCGUCUUCCAAUUGAUGUGAGACUGUACAUAUUUUCAUACCUCAGUGCAAAAGACUUGUGCAGGGUGAGUUCAGUGAGCCGAGACUGGAGUCAGUUGGCUGUGGAUGACCUGCUCUGGCAAGAAAAACUACAGUACGAUCUUCCAAAAUGGCACAGCAUCUCACACACUGGGUAUCCCAGACUCUAUAAAGAUGUCCAGUCUGAGUGGUCAUCAAAAGAAAUUUAUAUGAAGUGUUCUUCAGAAGUUCACGAAUCUCACAAACAAGAAAACACUGCAUUCCACCAGGUGUCACAAGUACUCAGAUAUCUGCUACCAAAAAAGGUCCCCAAAGUAGCCAUCUUUGGUCCUGGUUUAGAGUCAUCAACCAGUGCAAUCGUCCGAAAGAUGUUGUAUGAAGAAAAUCCAGACUUCACAAGGCUGGCCAUGUUUCCAGGACAGUUUGAUGGUGUGGGUUCAGGUAUGACACUGAAGCUUCAGUCUGGUGUGAGUUUUCAUCUGUCUGUGUUGUACACAGCAUCCAAGGAAGAGAGGGGUGCCGAAAACAGAAACCGACUGGCCACCAACCGAAUGUUAAACAGACAGAAGAAUUCUGACUUGGAAACUGAUACCUAUGAACUGCAUAGCUCCAUCAAACAUCUGUGUCACACACUUGAUGCAUUCAUUUUUGUUGUUGAUGCUUCACAAUCAAAGAAGGAAGUGAAAGGAGCACAUACAGAGCUGUUUGCAAUGAUCAGUGAAAGAUGGUCAUCUCCACAAGUUCCACUCCUCGUACUGUCAUGUAUUAAAGAUGGAGACUGUUCCAGGACUCCAGCAAUAGAUAUUGUAGAAACAUUACAGCUGUCCACCUUCAACAGACCCUGGCUGGUUCAGGAUGCAACUGUAGAUUCCCUUGAAGGUGUUGUUGAUGGAAUUCAGUGGCUUGUUGAACAGUCUCAACAUCGGUGACAGUCUGUGAAUGUAGAACUUUUCUAAAUCUAAACCACAUUGUUAUGUAUGAUCUAGAAACAGGCAGCUACAAAUAUGGCAAGAGGUGUGCAAACAUAUUCCACUAGUUUAAUGAAAAUAAAACUUCAUUCAGGAGUAUUUCAAAAUUUGAUUUUUCAGACUGAAAAAUUACUUAAUCAAAAAGCUAUAUUGUGAUUCAGUCAUUGAAGCAAGAUAAAAAAAAUCAAAACUACUGCAAGAUUAAAAAAAAAAAAUCAAAACUACUGCAAGAUUCAAAAUAUGUGUGCCAAUUGUAUACAAAGUGCUCUGCUACAUAUACCGAGAUAAGCAAGAUUUUUUUUUUUUUAAAUUAAACUUCAGUAAAUGUUGCCCUUUGUAGAGAUUCUUCAUGAUGAAUAAUUAAAAAUAAAUAUAGUUUAGCCUAUGUUAAUACUGUACAGAACAUACUGUUAUACUCAUAAACAUUCCUUGAAUAUGUUCUACACUAAAUAUUUUUUUUUCAAUUAAAUUGUUACAUGUUUG